AUGACGGAAAACCCGCGACGGCACUGCUGGGAAUGCCUCAGGCGCUGCCUUGUUUGCGAUUCAACUAGACCGGCAUGCAACAGGUGCGCAGCAACCGGAUAUCCGUGCCCCGGAUACGGCGACGUGAAGCCAACGCGCCUAGUAUGGCUCGCGCCUGGAAAGGUAAAAUCUCGUACCCGAAGGAGAAAAGAGGCCACGACUGUGUCCGCCAAACCCAACGAGCCCCGUGAUUACCGACAGCCCUCGGAUUCGGAUCCACAAACAUCCACGCCGGCAUUAUUCGAUCCCUCCGACGCGAUAUUACGCAUCUUCCUCUCCCGCUUCGGUGUCUACACGGACGCCGACGCCCUUGUUCACGGGGCCGAGUACUGCAAUUUCCAUACAUUACAUGCCAUGCUGACGCGGCCCGAACAGUCAAUGGUUGUAUUUACCAAGACCUAUGUCCUAUCCUCCAACUCGGGGACAAUCCAGCCAUAUAUCGCAUAUCGUCUGCCCUUGUUCGCGAAUCGGUUUCGCUCCCAGACUACAUACGCCAUGGAAUGCUUUCUUCAGCAGGGCGCUUCCCUCAACUGGAGGCCUCACGCAGAUGGAGCCAUCAAGCUGGUCCAACUACGUGGCGGAUUUGCUUCCAUGGCCACUUGCAAAACUCUGGGGCCGCAGCUUCUGAUCCUCUUCUUCGUGGCAGUGAUCGGCAACACCACGUGCCCCGCCUCCGACCUCUCCAUGACCCAAGCACACCUGGCUGCGCUCGACGUCGUUCAGCAGCUGUCCAGAACGGCCGCCGUUCCGUUCCAGAUGUGUCCGGCCCCGCUAUUUGCGGAGAUCAUCAAGAUCAACCACCUCCGGCACCGAGCCGCAAAGUACGCCAGCCGCGGACUCGUCUUGCCGCGCGAGAUGGCGCAGGAAGCACUGGAGACGCUCGAGCGGGUCCGCGCCUUCUCGCCGGACCACUGGGCCAGCACCAAGCCGCGCUCCCGACCGGAUUGGGCACUGAUCGGUCACAUCUACCACGCGGCCGUGGCGCUGUACUGGGCCUCCUCCCUGCAGAGCCUCUCCGUCCUGCAGGCCGCGGCUCCUCCUCCGCCCCUCUGCGCCACCGCCCAGGCCCGGCUGCUCCGGGGCCUGCUCGUGCGCGCCCUCGCGUGCCCGCAUCUCAGGCACUUCAUCCUCUGGCCGCUCGUGGUGCUGGGCGUGCAAGCGGCAGGCGAGGGCGGCGCGGCCGCGCGGGAUUUCGUCGCGGCCGAGCUGCCCUCGCUGGCGCGGUCCGGCGGCACCCGCGCGCCGCUCACGGCGAAGCGCGUGCUGGAGCGGUUCUGGGCCUUGGGCGAGACGCGCUGGGAUGCGUGCUUCGACCGGCCGUACGCCUUCGUCAUGCAGAUCGCGGCGGACACGAGCCGGAUCGUGAGCGGGGGGGGGGGGGGGUGUUCGUGA